AUGGCCAACUACCUCGCCUCCAUCUUCGGAACCGAACAAGACAAGGUCAACUGCUCCUUCUACUACAAGAUCGGCGCCUGCAGACACGGCGACCGGUGCUCGCGCAAACAUGUCAAGCCGUCUUACUCCCAGACGGUCCUGAUGCCAAACAUGUACCAGAACCCCGCCUACGAUCCCAAGAGCAAAAUGAACCCGAGUCAACUGCAAAACCACUUUGAUGCAUUCUACGAGGACGUCUGGUGCGAGAUGUGCAAAUACGGCGAGUUGGAGGAAUUAGUAGUGUGCGACAACAACAACGACCAUCUGAUCGGAAACGUCUACGCCCGAUUCAAGUACGAAGAGGAUGCGCAGGCCGCCUGCGAUGCGCUCAACUCUCGAUGGUAUGCCGCGCGACCGAUAUAUUGCGAGUUAUCACCAGUCACCGAUUUCCGAGAAGCGUGCUGCAGGCUCAAUAGUGGCGAGGGCUGUGUACGCGGCGGGUUCUGCAACUUCAUCCACCGGAAAGACCCCAGCAACGAGCUCGACCGUGAGCUUCGCCUCAGCACGAAGAAGUGGUUGAAGGACCGUGGUCGCGAUGCCCGGAGCGCCAGCCGCAGUCCUAGCCCGGAGCCUACACGGCGGAGAUACUGA